AUGCAAAACACUCGGCACAAGCUAAGAAGGACUGCCAACGCGUGUACUGCAUGCCGUCAGAGUAAGAUCAAAUGCUCCGGCAAUGACCCAUGUGCCAACUGCCAGCGACGUUCCAUCCGAUGUCAGUUUUCUGAGACGAACACUAAAGUCCUGGUAUCUGAGAGAUACCUGCGGGGGUUGCAGACUCAGAUCAAGCAGUUACAGCGGUCAGCCAACCUCAAACGACUACGGCAUGUCUCGUCUGAACGGGAAGCAAGUGUUGAUGGUCCGAACAACUCCAGCGAUACCGGUGUGCCUUCGGAGGUCGAAAGUAUUCCCCUGGAGUCCCAAAUCCCACAGAUUAGCGACUUCACUUGCAACAUCUGGACGAGUCCUUUCCCAUUGCCCACACCGGUCAUCAAAGACACGCGUCGUCCUAGUAAGCGUAACUGGAUCUGGCUAGCGCCAGCCUCGCCAUGGUCAUUCACUACUCGACUUACACUUAUGAUGACCGAACGGCUUGGCUUGAACUCCGACACGGGCUCUUCUGAAAUCUAUCUCGAUGGAGACAUCUAUCCGUUAGAAUGGAAUGACCUCCCAGAAUCCGCGGCUUUGGCCGAUUUACCAUCCCUUGACUACGCGCUUCAUCUUUUCAACGUCGCAAAGUUACACCUUGGCCAGACGUAUCGAUUCCUCGAUGAAGAGUCAUUCAAUGCUCACAUUCUGGCUUUUUAUGAUGCCAAGGCAGAGAAACCUGCCGAGCCGCGCAUGUGGUUCGUCCAAUUCCUCCUAAUCCUCGCCUUUGGAAAAGCCUUCCUAUCGCGACCAAAUGGACACGACCCCCCGGGGUCGAAAUUCUUCGUUCGCGCCAUGUCCCAUAUGCCCAAGAGCCCAUCCACUGGAAGAGACAGUCUGAUGGUCAUUGAGACUUUAGCUCUUGCAGCACUUUACCUUUACUCAAUUGACCAUAGAGAAAACGCUCAUAUGCACAUAGGCCAAGCCGUACGAAUUGCGCAGCUAGAAGGAUUACACACCCAACUACCCGACGCAGAACUUGGGACGAAGACCGUAACUCGGUGUCAAAACCUCUGGUGGACGUUGUAUAUACUAGACCGUCAAGUUUCAUUUGCUGUGGGGCUUCCCAUGAUCACGCAAGACUGCGAGAUAUCUACCUUGAUCAGGACACCGCGUGAUCGGUCCCAGGCUAUGGUGUUUAAUCUCCAAGUCAAGUUGUCCCAGAUGCUGUCUUCGAUCCUUGCAACGAUCUAUAAAACCGAGAAGACGCAGCUUGGGGCCUUCCUCGAGAGCACGCGGAAUAUCCUGCAGGCCAUGGCUCGACUGGCAAAAGAAAUUGAGGAGAUGAUUCCGGGCAAGUUCCAAAGAAUGGAUAGUGUCUCUCAGGAGACGCGCCACAUUGUUCUGUUGUAUCACCAGUGUGUGAUUAUCGCAACAAGACCCUUGCUCCUGUCAGUACUAAAAGAGAGAUUGGAGAAACUAGGUCGUGCUGAAGAAAACUGGCAGGGUUUUCUCGCACUUCCCAAGUCAUUGAUAUCUAUCGGGAUCAAAUCCGCAAUCAAAACAUUGCAAGUUUUAUCGGAUGAGAACAUUUUCCUCGAGGUCUUCCUCCCCUUCGACCUAGAAUUUACUUAUGCCGCUGCUCUCCAUCUUACAAUGGGCAACACGCUCUUCCCACCCGAUAUCGCAACCCAAUCCUACUCACACCUUGCCCAUCAAGUCCUCGACGAGAUGAUCUCCCGGGGUAAUAAGGUCGCUCGGCUCCGAAAAUCAGAGCUCACACGCCUAGAGGGCUUAUUCCAAGCUCUCGCAGAGCGCGUCAAGCAAGAAGGUCUACAAACACUCACUUUACCCGGCACCGUAGAUCCCGAAAGUGACAUUCUCGGGGAUCGUGGAGAGCAAUAUCCUACCACCGGACAAAACAACAAUCCAAAAGAUCUCGGACCGUUGCCAACGCCCGACACACACAUGUCGAAUGAGAUGGAUAUCUUGGAGAGCAUUGGGAUUUCUUCGUACGAGUUUUGGUCUAUUAUUGGGCAGAUUGCGGAUGCAGAUGUUACGGGGGAGUUGGAUCCCGGGGAUGGGUGGCUUGGGAAUUAUUAGUUUAAUACGGCAGGCAUGCUUAAUUGCAUUUGCGUUAUUAUCUGUCCAAACGAGGAGUUUGGUUGUGUUGCAGGUUGAAGAUCAUAUAGCGAUAGCGGCCAUUGGACAGAUAGUGAUGGAUGGGCUUCUUGGCGCGGCCUACUAUUCUAUAGGGGAGCCGCUACAGCCACACCGGCCUGGUUCCUGCCACAC